AUGAUGGGGCUUUGGAUCACGGGGGGCGGCGGCCAGGCCCUCUCCUGGGGGGCUGCAGCGGCCGUGUUGCUGGUGGCGCCGCUGGCCGCCUUCGCCUUCCGCUGGCUGCGCACCUACUACAGGCGAUGGCAGGAGCUGAAGCUCGUCCCGGGCAUCAGUCCCUGCUACCCGCUGCUGGGCAACGUCCCGCUCUUCGAGCGCAACGGGGCAGAUUUCUUUGAGCAGUUGAUACUUGGCACUGAGGCGUUCCGGAAUAUAUCACUGCUAAAGCUCUGGAUAGGACCACUUCCUUUCCUGAUCUUAUAUCAUGCAGAAAGUGUGGAGGUUGUUUUGAAUAGCUCCAAGAAUAUUGAGAAGUCCUUUCCCUACAAGUUUCUUCACCCCUGGCUUGGCACAGGACUUCUAACAAGCACUGGAGGCAAAUGGCGGUCCAGAAGAAAAAUGUUAACUCCAACCUUCCAUUUCACCAUCUUAGACGAUUUCCUUGACGUGAUGAAUGAACAAGCCCAUAUCCUUGUUCAGAAACUUGAAAAACAUGUGGACAAAGAGCCAUUUGAUUGCUUUUUAGACAUCACGCUCUGUGCCCUUGACAUCAUCUGUGAAACAGCGAUGGGCAAGAACAUUGGUGCUCAAAACGAUAAGGAUUCCGAGUAUGUCCAAGCGGUUUAUAGGAUGAGUGACUUGAUUCAUCACAGACAGAAGUCACCGUGGCUUUGGAAUGACCUUAUUUACCUUCUGUUCCAAGAAGGAAGAGAACAUUCCAGGAGUCUGAAAAUACUUCACAGCUUCACUGAUCAAGUGAUCGCAGAAAAAGCUCAAGAACUCAAAAACCAGGAGCAGCACAAAAGCGAAGCUGUCGGCAAUGGUAAGCAAAGGAGGGACAAGAAAAGGAGGGCUUUUCUUGAUCUGCUUCUGAACGCCACUGAUGAAGAGGGGAAGAAAUUAAGCUACCUGGACAUUCGAGAGGAAGUAGAUACGUUCAUGUUUGAGGGUCAUGAUACUACCUCUGCUGCCAUGACCUGGACUAUUUAUUUACUUGCACGUUAUCCAGAAGUCCAAAGAAAAGUUCACAAUGAAUUGGAUGAAAUUUUGGGUAAGAGACGCUGACCAUCAAGUCACAUUGGAUAAUUGAAGAAGCUACGGUAUCUGGAAUGUGUUAUUAAAGAAGCUCUUCGCCUUUUCCCUUCUGUUCCAUUUUUUGCCCGCACUCUCAGUGAGGACUGUUGUAUAAGAGGACAUAAGGUAUGCAAAGGGCUUGAUGUCCUCAUUAUCCCUUACGCACUGCAUAGAGACCCUGAUACCUUCCCAGAACCUGAAGAAUUUAGACCGGAGCGUUUUUUCCCUGAGAACUUAGCUGGGCGGAACCCAUAUGCCUACAUACCUUUCUCGGCUGGGCCUAGGAACUGUAUUGGUCAGCGCUUUGCACAGAUAGAAGAAAAGACUGUUCUUGCCACCAUCCUACGGCACUUUUGGAUUGAAACUAUGCAGAAUCGUAAAGAACUCUAUCCUGUAGGAGAACUGAUUCUUCGUCCUAAUAAUGGCAUCUGGAUUCAGCUGAAAAGGAGAUCAUCUUCUACCUCUUAAAAUAAGGAAACAACAGGAAGAUUCCCUGCCUGAGCACACUUGGACCAUUUUCAAUAAAGAUUCUGAAUUUUCAUAGCAGGACACUUCAGAUUGCCUAAACAGACUGUUUUUUAAACACACACACACACAAAACUACCACAAAAAUUGCCUUUACAAACCCAAACAACUGAAAGCCAGAUGCUUGCUCAGGUGGUGGGAUGUUCAAAAUGACUUUAUAAUUCUUAAUUUUUACUCUUAAACAUAGAAGGGUGGUUGAUUUUUUGUUAUUAUUAAGAAAACGAAUAUUUGGGGUUUUUUUAAAAAAAUAAAAUCAACACUUUAUUUAUGCACAUAAGAAAUGACUAACUGUAUGGAUAUAAUUAAAAGCCCUUAAAAGUACAUGUGAAAUCGGCCCUGUCUUUCAUCAGCAAGCCGAAUGAGAUCAGCAGACGGUGAGAGCUGGCUCUGUUACUCCCUAGUCUCUGAAGCUAGGCUGCUGUGACAGAUAGUUGUACAUUUCUCCCCGUGCCACUGAAGCACCCAUUUGAUUAGUUUUUUCAAAAUCCACAGUCCCAACAUCUGGCAGAAUUUGACCCAUGGCCCUGAAAACCUGAGAAAAAUGUGGAGAGCAAAGCUCUGGUGCUUUGAAUUUUUAUUUUCAUUUUCAAAUCAGUUCUUCAAUGUACUCACUCUAUGUGUUUUGGUCAGUGUCCUUCAUCAGGAGCUACAUAUGGAAAAAGUAAAACUGCCAAUUAGACACACAUUGACUUGAAAAUGAAACAUAAAAUAAUUCAGAGUUGGACAUGUAAAACAAGUCAAACUGACGAUUAAUAUACAUAAAACAUUUUUAAAAGGGAAACAUUGAAUAGUUUAAGAUUAAACGAUGGACAACACCCUUACAAAACAGUAAAUCGUCCUGAUAAAAAACCUUAGCUGGCAUCCGACAUUAGAAACAAAACAUUUGCCCAUUAGCCUGAAAUCACAACAAAUGAACUGACCUGAAGAAGGAAAUAGAGGAAAGAAUCAUUAAACAGCAGGUCAAAGUCAAAUAGCCCAAACAAUAAUAAAAAAUGAUAAGACUUGAUUUUGAAAGAAACUUUUGGCUUGUACGCCAUAUGACAGGGUGUUUUGUAUUCUCUUUUAUUUUGUUCUGUACAGCACCAUGAAAAUUGAUGGUGUUAUAUAAAUAAAUAAUAAUAAUGUUGCUUCUCAGAAAUCUCCUUCUGUUCUACACCAAGAUUAGGUGAAAGCAAUUUAAGUUAGCCCUGGAGAUAUGGUGGGUUAUGUUCACGGUACCAUGUCUCUUGCAGGCAGACCUUGUCAUAUUGUUGGAGCAUUUUAACAAAUUCCUUAUCCACCAAUUUCUUUCCCCAACCUGCCAGAUUCCAGGAUA